UCAACUAGCACUGACUCUCUGCAGAGAGAGCCAAUUAGAGCUGAUCAGCAACAGCUGUGCUACCUGCAUGAUGGUUUUUUAACCUGGCAUUGAGCACAGGAGACAUUUUCUCUUGAUGACUGAAGCAAUGGGAGCUGUUUGGGCCUUAGUUUUUUGUGCGCUGACUGUUUGGAUUACCAAAGGUCUGAGUUUGCCAGUCGGUGACACAAAUGAAAGACAUGACAAUGAGCUGCAGAGGAGAGCGAUAAGAGAUAUGUCUCUCAAUGAUAUCUACACGAAGAAGGCCUUUGUACUUCUCCAGUUAAUGGAGUCCAAGUUGAUUCAAGCCGCUAAAGAAGCACAACUGGAAACCAAUGAAGUAGAAGCUGAGGCAGCUCUUCAGAAACGUGAAGAUGUACAGUUGCCCCUGAACAGACUCCAAAACCUCAGAACAGGCCCGCUAUCCAGAGAUCAGCCUGCGAACGUGACGCCAGUUCCAGCCAACAACAAGACAUAUGGCGACACGCCGGCCAACCAGACGUCCGGUCCCUCGGCCAACCAGACGUCCGGUCCCUCGGCCAACCAGACGUCCGGUCCCUCGGCCAACCAUACGUAUGGCGACCAGCCGGCCAACCAGACGUAUGGCGGCCAACCAGACGUCCGGUCCCUCGGCCAACCAGACACGUAUGGCGACCAGCCCGCCAACCAGACGUCCGGUCCCUGGGCCAACCAGACGUAUGGCGACCAGCCGGCCAACCAGACGUCCGGUCCCUGGGCCAACCAGACGUAUGGCGACCAGCCCGCCAACCAGACGUCCGGUCCCUCGGCCAACCAGACGUAUGUCGACCAGCCCGCCAACCAGACAUUGGUGCCCUUAGUCAAACUGAUGUCCGUUGACAUUUGA